GCCUGUGGAAGGGGAAAGGGUACCUUCCUGCAUCAGAACAAAAUAGAUCAACUUAUAGCUCGUUUCAUUCCUUCUCUGAAGUCUAUUUUGUUAACUCUAGCAGUGUUUUGUUAACCUGUUUAAUUAGGUCAAAUAGAUUAUUUUUAAGUAUACUGUUUCUUCAGCAGUCAAGGUUAAAAUCUUCGUUAGUGUGAUGGCUGAAUAAUCUACUAGUUUCGUAAUGGCUGAAUAGUCUUAAUAUCAUGUGAUGAUGAAAAUAAGUGCCACAAAGCUAAUUAGGGUGAACUAAUGUGUGCCCUACAGCUGUUUGGCUUUGUAAGUCUGUUUUUUUGUAUUAUGAAACUUCUUAGAAAGGGCCUGGCUUGAUAUUUAACUGGCAGUGUGUGUGAGCCAUGUUUAUGCUCAGGGGGCCUAUGUUUAUAUGCUCUUGGCAGUAUUUCAGUGAGUUGAUGGGAAACGAAACUGAUAGUCAUGAAUAAAGCUGGGACUGUUUUUCUGAUAAAAAGCAGAAGCUCUGUAGUUAACUGAAUUAAGAUCUCUAAAUCAGUUUUAGUGCAUCUACUGACGUCAGGGUAAGGGACAUCUAGCUAUGUAAUGUAGAUCUUAAAAUGGGAAAGUGACUGCAAAGAAACGUGGACAUUCCUUACAAAGGAACAAUCUAGAGAUGUUAUUUUCUUAGUGUUUCUGAACUAGUGUAGGUGCACUGGGGGGACCUCAGACAAUCCAGAGCCUGUAUUUCAUAAGGAUGGUUUGUUAUCGGGCAGCUGCUUUGCAUGAGGCAUUCGCAGCUCCCACAGGGCUUCAUUCCUGCCAGCAAAAUUGCUUCUGCUUUCCCUUGUGUGAAGCAGAAGCCAGGUAUGUCACCUCCUUCAGAGAAGCAAGGAUAUUUAUACCUCACCUGCCCUCCCUCUGGGAGCAUGGACCCAGAGCUACGGAAACCAUAGUAUAGUUAGGAAAAGGCAAAACUUAGCGACUUUUCCUGGCACAGGCUCCCUCGCAUAGCCCUACCCCAAAGUAGCCCCACUGAGGGGUCAGAUGCUGCAGCCAGAGUCUGGUCCCAACCCUUCUCUCACCCUUCAGAUCUCCAGCUGGGGAAUUUUGGGGUAUGUUUAAUCUGCAAACACCUCUGAUAAUGCAAUAAAAUGUUGAAGGAUCCUUAUAAUCCUAGCAUAAUUUACGUUGGAAAGGAUGACCUUUAGAGGUCAUUUGGUCCAUUCUUCAUCUAAAAGCCAGACUAACUUCAAAUUCAGAUCAGAUUGCUCGUGGCCUUGUAAAGCUUUUUAUUAGAUAUUCCCAAUGAUACGUAAUUGCUCUUCUGGAACACCUUGGCCAGCAUAUUCACUCCAAUACAACUUACUCCGUAUUUAUGUUGUAAGUCAGGUUGCAGCACGUGGCUAACAUAGCACAAGAGAUUCAUGCAGCUACUGUUUCAUUGAACUAAAAUUAAUUCAACAAUGAACUUCUGCCGGCUGAAGCUCUGUCCGUCCAUCUCUCUCUUUGGAAUUCUAACUCCCUUUCAAAGAAAUAGCAUUCUGCCUCUUUUGUAUUAGUGGGAGCUGAAUGCAAAUACUGUUCUCUGCUAAAACAAUUAUAAGCAGAUCUGCGGCAAUGCAAGAAUAUACACCUGCACCAGCACCUGGAUUUUCACACCCUAACUAUGGACCAGGAAAUCAGGUCCCCUACGGAAAUCAGGUCCCCUAUGGCUAUCCUCAGCAUGCACCUGGGGCUUACCAGGGUCCUACAGGUGCAGGAAGCUAUAACUUCCAGGGACAGGCUAUGGCAGGCCCGGCUGUCCCACCCAUCCAAGGCCAGCCCAUUCUGAACAAGGAGGCAAUGUGGAUGCCUGUCCCUCCUGCUCUUCCUAAUUGCCCUCCUGGACUGGAAUACCUCACACAGAUUGACCAGAUAUUAAUUCAUCAGCAAAUUGAACUUCUUGAGAUUUUGACUGGCUUUGAAACCAACAAUAAAUAUGAAAUCAAGAAUGCACUGGGGCAAAGAGUGUACUUUGCAGCAGAAGACACUGACUGUUGCACCAGGAAUUGCUGUGGGCCGUCACGACCCUUCACUCUGCGGAUUGUGGACAACAUGGGCCAUGAGGUGAUAACUCUGCAAAGACCUCUCAGGUGUUCUUCAUGCUGCUUUCCUUGCUGCUUACAGGAGCUGGAAGUUCAGGCACCUCCAGGAACACCAGUUGGUUAUGUUGUACAGAACUGGCAUCCUUGCCUGCCAAAGUUUACCAUUCAAGAUGAGAAAAGAAUGGAUAUACUGAGAAUUGGUGGGCCAUGUGUUGUCUGCAGCUGUUGUGAGGACGUUAAUUUUGAGGUGAAGUCUGUGGAUGAGACUGCUACUGUUGGUAGGAUUUCAAAGCAGUGGACUGGGUUUGUGAAAGAAGCCUUUACAGAUGCAGAUAACUUUGGAAUCACAUUUCCAAUGGACCUUGAUGUAAAAAUGAAAGCUGUCAUGAUUGGUGCUUGCUUCCUUAUCGACUUCAUGUUUUUUGAGCAUGCUGCUGAUAACAAACAGCGAGCAGGAGUUUGGCAAUGAAAUCUGUAACUUUUUAUAUAGAAUGAAGAAGAAUAUAAAUCUCCCAAAUUUCCAGUGAUUUGCAGAGCUCCAGUAAGAAUGUGAGAAAUGUACAUCUUGUGUUUGAAGUUAUAUAUCUAUAAACUCUGGUAACCAUUUUUUUCUUUUGUAAUCUGAUGAAAUGACUUGUGGUAUUCUAAGAAGAAUCUUGUAUCUGUACAGCUCAAUAUUGUAAUGUAUAGAAAUAGAUAGCAACUUUUUUUUCUCAAGAAAUUUGAAAAUGUAAAAUAACUACUCAAAGUUAAAAAAGAAGUUACUAUAUUCAAUAGUUAAAAAGAAGUUACUAUAUUCAAUGUUAAUGCAAGCAGUGAGUGUAAUAAAGAGGUCCUGAUUUUUUCCUG